UGAAAAAAAAUUACGUUUGAUUUUCUUUCUCGUUUGGUCAUUGGUCUGUCAUUUUUGCAAUGUCUUGGUCAACGGGGUGGGAGUUAUGUUAAGAUUAUUAGAAUGGAAUAGUGAACUUCAUAAGUCCAUUCAUUUGAACUUGAGUAUUCGAGGUGUAUAAUUCAUCAUCGUGCCUGGUUAAGAACUAAAAAUCAACUAUUAACUACUAUGUUGAAUGGGCGUGAAAAACUAUAUUGGUUAUUUGUGAAAGAAUAAUUCUAAAACGACGCAAUUUAUUAUCAAAUCAAAGGAUUCAAACUCGUUUAGUAAGAAAGUUUAUUGUUGGAAAAAUUUUUUAAAUUUAAAAAUCAUAAUCGAAAAUUAUUUUAAUUAAAAUUUAAACAUCAAUAUCAUUAUGAACGAUUUUCAAGUGAUAAAAAAUGAAAAUGGCGAAUAUUGUUUAAAAAAUGUUUGUGAUUAUAUUAAUCUACAGUACAGGGAUUUCUACCGGAAAUUUAACAAAGAAUAUAUUACGAAGGAUGAAUUAGAUUCUUUUCUUCAAGAAAAUGAAACAUAUCCUGAAGUAGAAGAUUUCACAUAUAAAUUAUUUUUAUUUGAAAAAUUUAAAUGGAUUGAACAAGUUGCUAUUUUUAUAAAAAAUAAUAAUUUUAAUUUAGUAAUCAACGAUAUUUUUAUAAUUCUAUGGAUUGCUUUGGAAAAAUCAUCCAGUGUAUGCAUUUAUUCUUACGUACUGAGAUUCAUGGGAUUUGAUGGUAAAAAUUCUCAAUUCAAUUAUAGCAAGCAAAGAGCAGAGUUUGUUACAUUUUUAAAAAAUAAUGAAAUAAAUUAUGAACCGAAAAAUGCGCAUAUUUAUUUAACCAUUGAUAAUUUUAAAAAUUGUGUCAUGUUGUUAAACAAUUGCAAGGCAAAAGAAGUCAAAAAGUAUUACAUUGAAUUUGAAAGAACAUUCAAUUGGUAUAAAAAUUAUACUGCUGAGUUAGAAAAACAAGAGCUACAAAAUAAAAAUGAUGAAUUGUUAAAACAAAAUCAGGAAUCGGAAGAAAAAUUAAAUGAAAAAGAAACUGAAGUAAAUGAACUUAUUCGUAUGACUAAUGGUAUGGACAAUGUUAUAAAAAAUAUUAAAAUGAGAAAUAAAGAUGGCUAUAUUUAUAUUGCGACAACGAAACGAUACGCUGAAGAGAAUCUAUUUAAAAUUGGAUUUUCCGAUAACUUAAAAGCGCGUUUAACAGCACUGAAUACUGGAAAAAUUUCUGCAGAGCGUUUUUAUUAUUCUUAUUAUAAAAAAGCUUUUAAUGUUAGAAAAGUUGAAAAAAUGAUUCAUGACGUCCUAGAGGACUUUAGGGAUUCUUCUAAAAAUGAAUUUUUCAAAUUACAUUAUACUUUUUUAUCCGAAAUAGUUAACCUUGUUAUUAAGAAUAUAAAUGAACCAUAUGAAUAUGUCAAUGACAUUAUUAAACAUAGAUUGAAAGAAGUAUAUGAACUACGUGUUGUUGUACCACCAGAAAUGCCAGUAGUAGAAAAUAAUGGAUUAUCAGAAUUAAACUUUGUAGAUGCUUUUACUAAACUAAUUGGUGUUUAUGGAGCCGGCCAAGUUUCAACAAUAAAGAGGACGGAAUUAUUAUCAGCUUUACAGAAAGAAUUGCAAUCUGAAUUUAAAAAAAUGGAGGUUUGGAAAAUAUUUAAAACUCAAUUUAAAUGGAAGUCAAGUGAGAUACCAAUCUAUUAUGGGGAUUACCAAAUAAAAGUAAUAUAUUAAUUACUUUUACUUUAUAAAAAAAAAAAUUAUUUACCCAUCAAACUAUUGAGAUUAAUAAAGCGUUGAUUUCUAUAUUUCACAUUAAUUAUAUUGAUAAAUUAGCGGCUGAGGCAGCCGUUCGGCACGCACGUGGCUCGCUAAUGAUGCAGUACAGUCAUAAACACGUCGGGCCACAGCCGCAAAAAUUAAGUGGUAGAGUCAAAAAGUAGCAAGAAAGUUUGCGCACCUACUUUCGGAAAAAUUGGAAGUUUAAGUAUAAGGAUUGAUUAGUAAGUGAAAGAGACUUAGUUUGUAAAAUAGGUAAAAACAACCCUGGUAGGAAGGGACCAUUGGCCAAGGCUCGGACCAGGCAUUGGCCAGUCGUCUUGCCAGAGUCCCGAGCCUUGGCGCAAGCCUUGUCCAAGCCUUGGCUGAACCAUUGGGUGAGCAUUGGUCCAAGCCUUGGAUGAUGUCCAUGUUCCAAGCCUUGGGAAACAAAAUAUCAAGCCUCGGCCGAGUCUUGGGAAACGAAAAAUUGAGCCUUGGCCAAGGCUUGGGAAACAAAAAAUCAAGCCUCGGCCAAACCUCGGGAAGCAAAAAAUCUAAGGCUCACCCAAUGCUCGAUCUAAAAUGUUAUUAUUUAAAUUAAUAAAUAUAAUUAAAAAAAAGUUUGAUCACACUUUUAUCGACAUUACAUUGAAUUGUAAUUAACUAAUUACUGAAUUAAUGGAAAAUAACGAAUAAAAUUAUUUGGGGGCUACCGGGGUUCGAACUGAGAUCCUUCUGAUCACUAGGCCGGGACGCUAUCCACUGUGCUAAAUCUGGCGUCCAAAUAAUCAUGAUUUUUUUGCUUGUUAAUUAUUUAAAUACAAUUUAAUUUAAAAAUAUUAAAUCGUAAACAUGGGGUGAAAUGUAGUUUUAUUUAAUGAACUUAAAAUUGUCUGAUGAGUAAUGACAUAUUUUUAUCAAUUUGUAAUUUCAUGAUUUGAUAUAAAUGAAUAAUUUAAUGCAAAAUAAUCUGUAAUCUAAAAAAUCAAAAAACACGUUUUUUGGGUUCACAAUAAUGACAAAUAAAAAAUAUCGGAUUGUUAUUUUUUAUUAAAUAACAAUUAGUAAUUAAGCUAAUCGAGGGAAAACGAUUUAUUACACCUAAAAAAAUUUUUUUUGAGUAUUAUAAAACCAAAAAUAAUUGUCAAGAGAAAGAAAUAUAUUCUUAAUGUUGAAAACAAUUUAAUAAAGAAAAAAAUUAUCAUUUUUUGGAGAGGGGCCUCUCUGCCCCACAAAAAAAAAUUUUUUUUUGCCUUCGUAUCCACCAAUGAUGUGAAAUGUAAUUUUUCUUUAUGUAUAUUACAUAUAAAAAAUUUGAAUUUAAUGAAAUUUGAUCAACUUUCAGAAUUUUUUUUUUCAAAUUUUUUAAAGGAUACCCCAUUUUGACCGCCAAAAAUAAAAAUUUCAUGUUAACUAAAGUUUUGUGCAUAGCAAUAACUAAUUAAAUGAAAAUUAUUGUAUAUCAAAUAAUUUUACUUUUUAAAAAAUUUCAACUCUUGAUAUUAAUCGUAUACUCGGUAGACGGUUAUGCCCUGGUCUUCUCUGUAUACAUAUAUAUAGAUACAUGCAAAGUUGAUAAUUUUAAUAUUAAAUAAAAAUUUAACCCAGGCUGAGGCAUUGGCCAAUGGUCAGCUGCCAAGGCUCGGCUUGACAAAAAUUAAACUAUCGGACCUAGCCUCGGCCGAUCCUCGGGCCAAUGGUCAGCGGCCAAGGCUCGAUUUAACAAAAAUUAAACUAUCGGGCCUGGCCCUGGCCGAGGCUCGGGCCAAUGGUCAGCCGCCAAGACUCGAUUUAACAAAAAUUUAACUAUCGGGCCUGGCCCUGGCCGAGGAUCGGGCCAAUGGUCACUACCCAAGGCUCGGCUUAAUUUAAUGAAACCAUUGGACCAAGCCUCGGCCUAGACUUGGGCCAAUGGUUAGCUGCCAAGACUUGGCUUAACGUAAUCAAACCAUUGGGCCAAGCCCUGGCCGAGACUUGGGCCAAUGGUCAGCUGCCGAAGCUUGGCAAGUGACAACAGGGCCAAGGCUCGGCCUAUCGUCAGCCUUGGCGAUUCCUACCUGGGAAACAAUAAGCGAGGCGAGAAAAAAUUUGUAACAAGGGAGAAUUUAAAUGUAGAGUCUUGUAAAACACGAUGAGUGAUACAAAUAAAAAUAAAUAAAUAUAUUUAUCAAUUUAUUAACAAAUUUUAAAAACAUACAUCGAAAAAAGGAUUUCUUGGCGCAAGAAAUAUUUUGCAUCAUGAAAUGAAAACAGAAACUUUCUCAGGAGAAAAUUUCUUAGCGGAAGACAUUUUUUCAUGCCUCAAGAAAAUAUUUUCUCUCCCCAAGAAUAUUUUUAUUUUCAAUUCAUAAUGCGAAAAAAUUCUUGGGGCGAGUAAAAAUUUUUCGCGCCAAAAAAUCCUUUUUUUCUGUGUAUUAUUCUACUUUCUUCAUAAAAAAAUUAAUUUAAAUGAUAUAUAUGUACAAUUUAUUAAAUAACAUAGACUACAACUCAAGUUUUACACAAUCACAAUUUAUUAUGACA